CUGAAACGAAUAAACAAAGCACUGACUAAAGCUAACAGGUGAAGGAAGCAGAGCAGACGAAAGAUUAUCUCUGCUUUUGGAUCAUAGAAAAAUUUGCAAUGGCAAUGCUCUGGAAAUUCAUGAGGGUGGCAAAGUAUUCUAAAACAGCUUUAUCACCAAAAAUAAAGGUAAGAGGAAUUCCCACCUCUUCAAGGUAUUCUUCAUCGAAGUCUGUAACUUCAGAUUUUGCUCCCAGCACACCCUGCUUAAAUACUGUGGAACUGCUUGGGAAAGCUUAUCCUCAGGAUGACUUCAGCAAUGUCACUGAGAAGAUUCUUUCCAAGGUGGGAAAGAACUUGCAUAACAAAAAGCAUCACCCUUUGUGGCUGAUCAAGGAGCAGGUGAAGGACCAUUUCUACAAACAAUAUACAGGACGCCGUGGGACUCCACUUUUUUCUGUCUACGAUGCACUUUCUCCAGUGGUUACAGUGCAGCAGAAUUUUGAUAGUUUGCUUAUCCCACCAAACCACACCAGCAGAAGGAAAGAAGACAACUAUUACUUGAAUCGGGAUCAUAUGCUAAGAGCACAUACCUCAGCUCACCAGUGGGACUUGAUACACUCUGGCCUGGAUGCCUUUCUGGCUGUGGGGGAUGUCUACCGCCGUGAUACAAUCGACAACACCCACUACCCAGUCUUCCAUCAGAUGGAAGGAGUUCGGCUCUUCUCCUGUCACGAGUUGUUCUCCAACAUUAAAGAUGGGGAAGGCUUACAGCUGUUUGAACAAGGUCAUCGCACUGCACACAAGCAAGAGUGUCACACUAUGGAGGCAGUGAGGCUGGUGGAGUUCAACCUGAAGCAAGUGCUCACAAAGCUCAUGACUCACCUCUUUGGCGAUGGACUGCAAGUCAGAUGGGUAGACUGCUACUUCCCAUUUACCCACCCUUCCUUUGAGAUGGAGAUCAACUUCCAAGGAGAAUGGCUGGAGGUUCUGGGCUGCGGGGUCAUGGAGCAACAGCUAGUUAACUCAGCUGGUGCUCAGGAAAAAAUUGGCUGGGCAUUUGGCUUGGGUUUGGAGAGGCUGGCCAUGAUCCUGUAUGAUAUCCCCGACAUCCGACUUUUCUGGAGUGAAGAUGAACGCUUCUUGAAACAGUUUGUUGUGCCUCACAUUUGGCAAAAGAUAAAAUUCCAGCCACUCAGCAGAUAUCCACCUUUGAUCAAUGAUAUCUCCUUUUGGCUGCCUUCUGAGACGUACUCCGAGAACGAUUUCUAUGACUUGGCUCGAACUGUUGGUGGAGACCUGGUAGAAAAGGUUAUCCUCAUGGAUGAAUUCACCCAUCCAAAGACAAAGAAAGUCAGCCACUGCUACCGGAUUGUUUACCGCCACACAGAGAGGACAUUAACGCAGGAAGAAGUGCACCGCAUCCAUCAAGCUAUUGAAGAAUCAGCAGUCAGAGAACUUGGGGUUGAGGGCAGGUUCUAG